CCCAACCCCGCCCCGCAGCCCGCAGCCGCCACCUUCUUCUAACGGACCGCGCGCUCCACCUCCACCUCCACCCCAACUCCGGCCGCGCCGCCUCCAAAACCCACCGCCCCCCACCACCAGCAAGCGAUGGCCGGCGCCGUCGGCUUCCUCGCGGACCUGAACGACCAAUGGCUCAAGCCACGUCUGCUCCGCGUGGUGGUCGGCGAGCAGCUGCCACAGCCGGGGAGCACCGUCCCGCCGUCGGAGCUCGCCUCCAUCCUCGACGCGGUGCGCACGCACGGCCUCCUCACCGAGGCCGUCCAGGGCCCGCCGGACCGGAAGCUCGCCGAGGCGUGGCGCGCCGCGGUGGACGCCUGGGUCCAGCGCGUCGGCGAGCUCCUGCAGAGCGACUCGCCACAGAGUCGUUGGUUGGGUACUUGCUUUCUCGGCGUCACUUUCCAAGAUAUCAGCAACGAGCGUUUUCUGGAAUCAUACUCUGAUUGGUUUGACAAAAUUCUAAACAACUUGCAGGAACCAUCUAGCUGGCAACUUGCUACCGUGGUCUCUUGUACUUCUAUGUCUGAUCUAUUUGUGAGAUUGGCGAAAUUUUUGAACUUGAAGAAAGAGGCAUCAUCCUUUGCUGGAAGAGUUGUCGAACCAUUACUGCUGCUUUUAAAUGAAAAUGGUCCAGUGGUGGAUGAAGCGAUUGAUUUGCUGAGGACAGUUAUUAAAUUGUAUCCCUCAUCUCUAAAUCGGCACUAUAAUAAAGUUGAAUCCGCCAUUGCAGCAAAGGUUAUGAGUGCAGAAGUCAAUGUAAACUCAUCAAAGAAAUUUGCGCGAGUCCUAGCAAUGUUACCUUCUGUCCGAGUAUCUGAGGGCAGUUGGUCACUGAUGAUCCAGAAGAUACUGAUUGGGGUAAACAAUCUUUUGAACGAUGCUUUUGUCGGGCUGGAAGAAGAAAAGAAAGGGCGUGAGAUUAUGAUGCUACUAGUUCCACCUGGAAAUGAUCCUCCACCAGUCUUGGGAGAUCAAAUAAAGUUGGGAGGCAAUUUGCAUGUAACAAAGAAAUUUCGUGUCUUCACUGUCCCAACCAUUUCAGCCCUUGCCCAUUGCUGUUGUGUGAUGCUGACUAGUUAUUACCCGGUUCAGGUCAAUGUUCCUGUGCGCGCUUUAUUAGCUCUGUUGCGGAGAGUGCUCUUAGUUGAUGGAUCAUUGCAUAACAAGAAGUUCCCUUCAACCACUUCCUUGCACCAAGAGCUUAUUUGUUUUGAGCUUCCGUCAUUGCAUUCAUCUUUCUUGGAUUUGCUCCAUGCAACUAUUAAAGGAAUGCGAAGCCAACUUCUACCACAUGCUGCUAAUACUGUACGGCUUAUAGCUGAUUACUUCAAAAUUGCAAAGUUGCCUGCUAUGAGGACAAAGGUUUACAGCAUUGUGCAGCUGUUGCUGACCUCCAUGGGUGUUGGAAUGUCUCUGCACUUGCUAGAGGUAAUAGUCAGCAAUGCAGUUGGUGAUCUGGAUGAUAGUUGUGUAAACGAAAUGACUUUAUUAAGCACAAAUCCAACAAAAGUGACUUUUGAAUCUUCAUCAAAAAGUUACUCCAAGAAGAGGAAGCAGGAACCACAAAUACAAAAUUCACAUGCUUCAGGUUUGGAGAAAGCAGCAGUCAGCCCAAAGAAAAGGAAAACUUCUUCCACGCCAACCGCGUCGAAGGGAAUGACCCCUGAAACUGCAUCGUAUGUUACACCCCUCUGCAUCAAAAUAGCUGCACUAGAAACCUUGGAAAUUCUUCUGAAUGUGGGAGGGUCAUUGAGGACAGAUCACUGGAGGGCAAAAGUGGACUUGCUGCUAAUUAACAUAGCUAGGAGUGCUUGUGACUCAGGAGCGGGGUAUGAGCAAUCAACAUCGACAACUGGGGAGACAAGCAUAUCAGAUUUCCGACUUGCUUCAUUCAAGGCAUUGCUGGCAUCUUUCCUUUCUUCUCCUUAUGCCCGACCGCCUUAUUUAGCCCAAGGAAUUGAACUCUUCAGAAGAGGGAAGCUAGAGAUAGGCACUAACCUUGCAGAGUUUUGUUCUCAUGCUUUGCUGGCUUUGGACGUUCUUACUCACCCUCGAGCCCUUUCUCUAGAAAGGGCAGGUCCUUUAGUUCCUGGACUCAACCACAGUGGACCAGAAAAGAUAGUUUUUGGUGCUGGCAGAUCCAAGUUUUCACAAUCUGAAGGUCAGUUUCAGGUUAUUGAGAAUGAAGAUAGUGAUGAUGACUGGUUGCCAUCCACCAAGGAUAAUGAGCCAACAGAAGAGCUCACUCUUGUCAAAGAAGAUCCGCAAACUGAUUCACGUACAGUUCCUGAGGCAGUACAAGCUGUUCCCACGCACAACAAGAGCGAUGUCAAUAAUAUGGUGGAUGCGGCUACAGAGGAAACCCACAAGCUAAAGACAGUGGAUAAUCCUACAAGCUCCAAUGCUGUUCCAAAUCCAAUUUACUCAAGGCCACCUGGAACACAGAUACCUGCAGUUGCUCCAGUGGACUUGCUGCUAAUUAACAUAGCUAGGAGUGCUCUUGACUCAGGAGUGGGGUAUGAGCGAUCAACAUUGACAGCUGGGGAGACAAGCAUAUCAGAUUUCCGACUUGCUUCGUUGAAGGCAUUGCUGGCAUCAUUCCUUUCUUCUCCUUAUGCCCGCCCGCCUUAUUUAGCCCAAGGAAUUGAACUCUUCAGAAGAGGGAAGCUCGAGAGAGGCACUAGGCUUGCAGAGUUUUGUUCGCAUGCUUUGCUGGCUUUGGACGUUCUUACUCACCCUCGAGCCCUUUCUCUAGAAAGGGCAGAUCCUUUAGUUCAUGGACUCAACCGCAGUGGACCAGAAAAGAUAGUUUUUGGUGCUGGCAGAUCCAAGUUUUCACAAUCUGAAGGCCAGCUUCAGGUUAUUGAGGAUGAAGAUAGUGACGAUGACUGGUUGCCAUCCACCAAGGAUAAUGAGCCAACAGAAGAGCUCACUCUUGUCAAAGAAGAUCCGCAAACUGAUUCACGUACAGUUCCUGAGGCAGUACAAGCUGUUCCCACGCACAACAAGAGCGAUGUCAAUAAUAUGGUGGAUGCGGCUACAGAGGAAACCCACAAGCUAAAGACAGUGGAUAAUCCUACAAGCUCCAAUGCUGUUCCAAAUCCGAUCUACUCAAGGCCACUUGGAACACAGAUACCUGCAGUUGCUCCAGUGUAUAAUCCUUCUAGCUCCACUGCUGUUUCAAACCCAAUCUACUCAAGGCCAACUGAAACGCAGAAACCUGCAGUUACUACCCUUCCUGCUGAUCUUGUUGAGCGUCUUCAGAAUAGAAGCUCAGCCGUUCUUCAGAACAAAACCUCAGAUGUACCGUCUGGCAACUUGGGAACCUCAUAUCAAACACCAUCGGUCCCAAGCCUCGCUCCAAGCCAUACAGAGAGCUCUCCAACCCGCUUCACGCUGCCCAUUCAGCCAGCCUUCUCUGACGGAGAGUCUGAAGACUCAAUGCCAGACAUAGUCGAUGCUGACCCAGAUUCUGACUACGACUAUUGACUAGCCACCUAUACUAGUAUCUGUGCUCUGUAAAACUCCGGUUUACCUCAGAGUGACUAUCAGCAUAAUGUUCAUGUAUUCGUUUUCUUUUUUGCCUAUGAAACUUCCAUGGCUCGCUCUGGUUUUACCCUUUCAAACAAAAAAACAAAAAACUGCAUGUUGUGCUAAAUCUGGUAUAGAUACGACAUUUUUGUGCCCAGUGCACGGCAGAGGUGCCAGAUCUGUA